GCAACAACCACCAAAACGACUGGCCAAACUACAACUGCCAUGACCAUCACAACAACACCAGCAGAACCCGACAUGCCUUCAAACCUUCGGUUAAUCCUAAGAGAAACAGACCGGCUCGGACUGGAAUGGACUGGUACUGGUGAUAACUACCGGGUGACCUACCAGCCGUCUGGAGAUACAGGAACUGUCUCUGUGUCCUCCACACCUAACACCACACACACCAUCGGUAACCUGACGGCGGGGACGUCGUACGCUGUCAGGGUGUACAGUGUCAGCGGAUAUCUGCAAAGUGCGCCACUGGAAGGACAUUGGGAUACAAAACCUGAGGCUCCCACAGACCUCCAGUUGUCCACAGUGGGCACAGACACCCUCAAUGUGACGUGGACUGCCACUAGUUCUGCUGAUUUCUACCGUGUAACUUACGAGCCAUCUGAUGGCCCUGAAAUCGAAUUUGUGGCCUCCACGACUGACACCACACACAUCAUUGGGAAUCUGUCCGGAGGAACCUUGUACACUGUCAGGGUGUACGGGAUCAGGAACGUUGUGGAGGGCGAACCGCUCCAGGGAGAUCAGACAACAGAUCCGGAGGCUCCUACAAACCUUGAGUUCUUCUUUGUGGGCACGAACAUUCUAGAUGUGGCGUGGACACGCUCUAGUUCUGCUGAUGAAUACAGAGUGACCUACCAGGCGUCUGGGGGUAACGAGACCGACCAUGCGGUACAGACAAGCAAUGCACGCAGUAUCUUUGGUCUGUCUGCAGGAACCCUGUACACUAUAAGGGUGUACAGUCUGAGCAAUGGUGCACAAAGCCUGCCACUUGAAGGACAUCAGAGAACAAAUCCCGAAGCUCCCACAAACCUACGGUUCAUCACUGUGAACACAGACAGCCUUGAUGUGUCCUGGAAUGCCUCUAGUUCUGCUGAUUCAUACAGAGUCAUCUUCAACUCAACUUCCGGAGGUGUGGAUGCUGUAUCUGUCAACUCCACAUCCAACACCACACACACCAUUACGAGUCUGCUGCCAGGAACCCUGUACACGGUCAGAGUCUACAGUCUCAAGGCUGGGUCUGUAAGCGUCUCGCUACAAGGAGACCAGGGAACAAAACCCGAGGCUCCUGCAAAUUUUCGUUUCUCCAGACUGAGCACAGACAGACUUGUAGCAGAAUGGAACGCGUCUAGUUCUGCUGAUACAUACCGAGUGACCUACCAGGCACCUGGUGACCCUGAGGUUGAGUCUGUGGCCUCCACGCCUAGCACCACACACACCAUUGGUAAUCUGACGGCUGGAACGGGGUACACUGUCAGGGUGUACGGAAUCAGACACGGUGUAGAAAGCGAUCCCCUUCAGCGAAUUCAUACUAUCAGGCCAGAGGCUCCUACAAACCUUCAGAUCAUCACAGUGAACGCGGACAGCCUUGAGGUGUCCUGGACUGCCUCUAGUUCUGCUGAUUCCUACGAAGUCACCUGCUUGGCGUCCGGUUUUGGGUAUUCCACAUCCACUACACACACCAGUCACACCAUUGAGGGUCUGUUGCCAGGAACCCUGUACACGGUCCGGGUCUACAGUCUCAAGAACGGUGUUGAAAGCGACCCGAAGCAGAUAAACCAUGGAACAAUACAGAAUGACCAUAUAAAGAAGAAACAGAACCAAUAG